AUGGGUCGGGUGAAAAAGUUGAGGAAACUUCUACGACAUCAAGAAGUCCGCGAGGGACUACUCAAGGGCGAACCCGAUGGGGCAGAGGAACCUUCUCCGGAAUCGACUGAAGUUCAGGAUGGGCAGAAGAAGAAAGCGUCGAAGGCAGCACUGGCAGCGAAUUUCAAAGAAAAAAAGACAGCUCAUCUGAGCAAGAAGAAGAAGAAGGAGCUGCUCAAGGUGCUGGAGAAGAAGCAGAAGAGGCGAAAUAGGGAAGCUAUAGUCGAGAAACUAUCCCAAUUGAAACAAGAGGCCACGAGAGACCGAAGGAAACUGUGCCCACAAAAGAGCAGCAAAAGUCUCCGUAAGAGACGCGUGUCCGCUGUACAAAAAUGGGGUAAAGGAGCCAGUGAACCGAAACAACCGCGUCCAGAUGUGCUGGGCUUCGAAGAAGGGAGUGACGGAGACGACGAGACCACGGACGAGGAGUUGUCUGGAGCGAGCGAAGGCGAUGAGGAGCCCGAGAUCACCGAGCAGAAAGAGGAAACGGUCACAGCUCCCGAAAUUCCGAGAGGUGAUACGAUUCCAUUCAAGAAACACAGCACCAUAAACGAUGAAGAUGACGAUAUAGGGGAGAUUAAUGCGAACAUCGGUCACCUGAACCCCAUGAAGAGUAUCCAGCCAGUCCUACUGAAUAGACCACCAGAAGUCAUAAAACACAGGUCCGAGCUGCCUAUAAUCAACAUGGAGCAAGAAAUCACUGAGACCAUUGCGACAAAUCCCGUGACAAUCAUUUGCGGUCAGACAGGCUCGGGUAAAACCACUCAGGUUGUGCAAUUUCUUUAUGAAGCUGGCUACGGUCACUCCGGUUUGAUUGGUAUCACGGAACCGCGGAGAAUCGCUGCCAUCUCUACGUCGAAGCGAGUUGCUUACGAAACCGGUCUAGGACAAGAAAUUGUGUCCUACCAGGUACGUUUCGAAGGAAACUGCUCCGAGAAGACUCGAAUAAAGUUCUGCACUGACGGAGUUCUGCUGAAGGAGAUGGAACACGACCUCAGCUUAUCGAAGUAUUCUGUGGUCAUUAUCGAUGAGGCUCACGAGAGGAGUGUCCAUUCAGACAUAGUGAUCGGCUUGCUGUCGAGAGUUGUCAAGCUCAGAGAGAGCAAGGGAAAGCCGCUCAGGGUCAUUAUCAUGUCGGCCACCUUGCGUGUGACCGAUUUCACGGAGAACGAGAAACUUUUCAAGAUCCCCCCGCCAGUUAUCGAUGUCGAGUCGAGACAAUACCCGGUGACCAUCCACUUCAAUCGAACAACUCCGAAAGAUUACAUGCAGGACGCAUUCAAAAAAAUUUGCAAGAUCCACAAUAAACUACCACCAGGAGGGAUCCUUGUUUUCGUGACUGGGAAAAUGGAGGUUAUCCGGUUGGUCAAUCAGCUCAAGUCACGUUUUCCCCCACCCAACGAUGAGGCAUAUCCGAAAAGAGAGAGGAGCAAAGCAAGAGCUGCACGAGGAAAUUCACCUGCUGUCGUGGAAACGGAUGGUCCUGAAGUUCCUCAGGGAGCGGAAAAAUCCUCCGAUGUUGAUAAAGCUGGAGGGGACGAUCAGGAAACCAUCGACGACCCUGCGGCGAAUAGGGACAGUAAACAAGGCCUCGAUUUGGAAAAGUACGAUCUUUAUCCGAUAGAGGAAGCAGAUCUCGGGGAUCAAAUGGAUAAUGAGGAUUCCUCAGAUGAAGAAGAAAAGGCGCUGACUGAAAACGAUGACGAGAGCAGCGACAGUGGCGGCGAAGCAUUCCCCCAGGUCGAUUGUAAUGCAAGCUCAGCGAUGAAGGUUCUUCCAAUGUACGCCAUGCUGCCAUCGAGUCUGCAGCAGCGAGUUUUCGAGGAGAUGAACGAUCAAUCGAGAUUGUGUGUGAUUGCCACGAAUGUAGCUGAAACCUCGCUAACAAUUCCUGGAAUCCGAUACGUGAUUGAUUGUGGCAAAUGCAAAACUCGAGUUUACGACAAGGUCACCGGCAUUUCCAAGUUCCUCGUCACUUGGACGUCUAAAGCAGCUGCAACGCAGAGAGCUGGUCGGGCCGGACGACAAGGUCCAGGGCAUUGCUACAGAUUAUAUUCUUCGGCGGUCUUCAAUGAUUCUUUCGUGGAGCACACGCCUGCGGAGAUCACCCUGAGACCUGUGGAUGGUCUCAUGCUGCAGAUGAAAUGCAUGGGAAUCGAGAAAGUUAUAAAUUUCCCUUUCCCCACCCCGCCAGCUAAAGAAGCUCUCGUGGCAGCUGAGAACUGCCUGGUGGAAAUCGGAGCCCUCGAGAGAACACAGAUGAAGCCUUUGUCGGUACGAGAGCGAGAAAACUGGUUGUACUCCUCAACGGCUACUCCGCUUGGUCGCGCCAUGGGCUGCUUUCCUGUCGCUCCACGUUAUGCGAAAAUGCUCGCUCUCAGUUAUCAGGACAGCUCUCUGUUGCCGUAUGUGAUAACGCUGAUCGCCGGCCUAGCGAUCCAGGAGCCUUUCGUGAAGGGGAAAGGGACCUGCCCGGCGAGUUGCAAAGGUCUUGGAGAUAUGGGUCGGUUGUUGGCUGCGGUCGGCGCCUCCGAAUUCAGUCAGCAAAGCCUUUGCCAGUUGAGGAGCGCGGCUCUGCAAGAGAUCCGCAAGAUGCGACGACAACUCACGGAAGAGCUGAAUUUACUCGUUCCGGAUUUGGAGCUCGCUUUGGACCCAAAGAUGACACCGCCUUCCCACGCACAAAUGAACGCUCUGCGACAGAUUAUCUUAUGCGCAAUGGCGGAUAGAGUUGCUAGGAAAAAACAUGGGAAGGUUUACGAAUGUAUGCAAACUGAGGAUGUGGUUUCGAUUCAUGGCGACUCUGUCCUUUUCAAUGACCAGCCUCCUUGGGUAGUCUUCCAAGAAAUAACCGAAGAUACGAAUAACAAAAUGAAAUUGAGGAUGCUAUGCCCCAUCGAGGAGCAUUGGUUGCCCACUUUGGCGCCGAAGCACUGUGUCCUCUCCGAGCCCCUGGACUCCCCACCGCCGGAAUACAACGCUGCCAAGGACUGCCUGCUGGUGUGGCAGAACGGAACCUAUGGACCUCUUGCGUGGGAGCUGUCGAAGAGUCAACAAAAAGUCCCAACCCAUUGGAAAGAGAGAUUCAAUUGGUUCGCUAAAGCCCUUCUAGAAGGACAGGUUAUCAAGUACUUCAAAAUGUUCGCAAAACAUUACGUUUCUCCUCCGGCGAUCAUUGUGAAGAGAUAUUCGGCGCUAUCGCAACGAUCUAGUGACUUGGUGGCAGCUUUGAGACAAGCUGACAUUUGCUCGAAAAAAGACCUCUCGACGAAGUGGGAAAACGAUCCACAAUUUCUCUUGAAAAUUGUGCUUGAUUGGCUGCCUUCAGAGGUGCACGGGAAAGUGAAAAUGUCUUGGCCGCCGAAGACGACGUAG